UUUUGGUCUGGGUGUGAACAUUGACAGCGAUGGUUCAGGGCAAGGUCAAGACGACGGCGUCGGGCGGCAUCACCAAGGCCAAGAACCGCCCAGUCAAGGCAGUCAUGAAGAAGGGUGCACGGAACAUUCCCCCAAAGAAGACAACGUUGGUCCAAUUGCAGACAAUGAAGAAGAAACUGGAGAGCGGCAUCAAGCACAAUAUUGAGCAGACAAUGAUCCACCGCGCUGCAACACAGUCCGGUCACCUCAGUCUCGUCAAGCGCGAGGCCGGAUUCAAGCUGCCCGCAAAGAAGGACAAGGCUGCCGCUGCCGCACAAAACAAGACAGCCGCGGCCGCAGCAUUGCACCCCGCCUCAAAAUAGUCGCCGCUAGUUUUUGUUUUUGUUUUUGUUUUUUUGGUCGGUGAAAUGAAACAUUUCUGAGCGUCAAACGAGCACGGAUCGUUUAGAUCGCCACACUCA